AUUUCCCUGUAGUGCACUUAAAUCUUUGAUCACACUAAUUCUUCUAAAGUAAACAAUUGUCUUGCAGUAAUAAAUAUUUAAAAAUAUCCCCAGUUCAGCACAUCUGUGAUUGCGUACAACAAGACGCAAUCUUGCAGAACUUUCACGUCGACGCUUAGCAAAAAACUGGCAAAGUUUUAUGUAUAUGUUAACACCCGAAACCCACGAGCAUUUUGUUGUCAAGCGUGAUCAAAGAGACAUCUACAAUGUGUACAUUCAUCAAGUUUUUCCAAGUUUUGGUGGUCGUGGUUUUGCUCAGCGCGUCGGGCAACACCAAGCGUAAGAAAAAUAAAUUCAGCUCGGAAAACGACGUUUUGGAAAAAUCAGAGGUCACCCUCAAGUUCCCCACUUACGCUUUGAAAAUGCCGCCCAUAAUCACCUCCAGGAAGAGAACCAACGCCAAAAUUGACCCCGUUCCAGUCAGCUGCAAGUCCAGCAACGUCACCCGCUCUUUGAACGAACUAAGAAAAAAAAUCCGCUGCAUCCCUAGAGACACGGUGGUGGAAGUAGCCGCCCCCGACAGCUCCAAAGUCAUCCCCAACACCGUCGUGGUCAAGCGCUGCGGCGGCAUGUGUUCCGGGAGCAAAAAGUGCCUCCCCAAAAAGCGCACCAACGUCGACUUUUACGUCAGGACGACUGACCAAAAGUCGGGGAUGGUUUUCUGCAGCAGGAUCAGCGUUCCUGAGGACACGGAAUGCCAGUGCGACUGUCCCGAGAAGAAGCGGUGUUCCGUCGACCAGAAGUUUGACCCGACGUUGUGCAAAUGUGUGUGCACGAAUAAAGAAGAGGAAAGGGACUGUGUGGAUAAAGCCGACGUUGAUUCCAAUUUCAAAUGGAGCGCGAAAACUUGCUCCUGUGGGUGUCGAAGGGAGAAGAUUUGCACGACGGGGACGACGUGGGAACGAACUGAGUGCAGGUGUGUCAAAGCGUAGACUGUGAAGAGGAGACUGACGCUCCAGUGGUUAAUUUAUAUUGUUAUUUAUUUAUUUUUAUGGAUAGGGAUACUAAUUAUUAAUUUUUAAUAAAAUAUCAAACGUA